AUGAAUUAAUUAUAAUUAUCAUAAGCAUAGUCACCAAGAGAAAGUAAUUUCGAUUAUGAAGAAUAACCUCAAAUAUAGUCAAUUCAAUUACAUUAAAGUAGGGCAGCGCUUUAAAUUAUCACUAAUGUAAUCUUACUAAUAUAAGGAAUCUAGAUAUAAAUUUUGGUUGCUAUAUUUUAAAUAUUCUUAAUACUUUUUAAUUCAUAUAUCGCCUUUGAUUUAAGCUAUAAGAUAUCAAUUCUAUAUGUAACAAUUUUGCAUUUUCUCUAAAUCAUCAAAAUCGGCGUAUAUAAUAAUAAGUAAAGUUAAAGAAUUAAUUUUGUCUAGGAAAUUAUAUCACAACCAGUAUUGCUGCAUAUAGAUAUUUUGGGGAAUUCUCUCCAUCUCCUAUUAUCUUUAAAGGGUUGCUUAAUAUAUUUCUUAGAAAACGAUGACUUCCCUAUUUAGUAUCCGAUACUCAUGCAUUUGAUAUUCACUCUUACAUGGUUUGUGUUAGCACUACACACGUAUUUAAAAAAUAAAAAUGAAAAAAGCUUUAUAUUAGUGUUGACAGUUCUAUUAAGGUUUUUUUUAGUUCUCCAACUAAUGAUGGUCAAUCUUAAAUAAAUUCAAUGGAUAGAUUGGGAAUGGCUUUAUGUAUUUACAAUACUUUGGAUAUUCUUGUCUAUUAUUUGUAUUUUUUAAAUCAUUUUUUUAUUUGAUUUUAUUUGCAAAGCAGCCUAAUUUUUGUAAGAAAGAGAUCCACUCAAUAGGGAAUCAAUUAAUCAGUAGAGUUUAGUUAUAGGAUCACUAUGGAUUAAUUUACUAGUUUUGUGCAUUUCUGCCCUUCCAACCUUUAGUAUGGUGUGCUACACUAUAAAGUUAUCGACAGGAAAAGAAAGCUAUAAUUCUCUGUCAAUAACCUUAUCAGUUAUUUACUCUUUAGUUUUUAUAGUCUUUACAUUGUAUUAUCGAACGGCUUUGAGCCUAUUUGUUUCUCAAAUCCAACAAUCAAGAGGAAUAGAAACCAAUAGUGAAAUCAAUAUGGAUAAUUUAUAAAGAUAUCGAUUGAAUUCUCCGAGUUCUAAACAUAAAAAUCACUUAAUAAAAAGCAAAGAUUAGAUCCUAAUACAGCUUCCCUAAUAUUUAAUUAGAUUAUCACAAACCUACUUUUUGCCAGCGAUUAAUAGUGAUAAUUCUUCAUAGUUAAAGCAAUCAUAAUAACUAUAAGCUCAAUAAUAGCAUAUCAAAAAGAAUAAAACAGAUUCUGAAUAACCUAAAUUAAGCAAUCGUGUUUCUCUUACUGAAAUUAAUUCUGAUAAAGAUACACAAUGCUUUAAUUGUUAUUAAAAUGAAAGCUGUGCUGUCUAUAUGCCCUGUGGACAUGGUGGAUUAUGUGUGAAGUGUGCCACAGAAUGGUUUACUGAGAAAUAAGAGUGUUUAAUUUGUAGAAAACCUGUUGAGUCUGUUGUAAAAGUUUCAUAGUCUGAAUAAAAUAAAGUGUAGGUAAUUGAUGUAUUGGCUUUUUGAAAAUUCUUUUAUUAUUUCUAUUGAUAAUUCAAUAAUUA